GGCAACCGUAACAUCAUCUCACUGCAAAGGCCCCAGGUCAACAUGUCUUACAAUUCCAAAAAGUCAUUCGGCAGUUUGGAUCGUUCUACUAGUAAGAAAAAGGCAAACCCAAUUUUUGCUCCAACUUCAAAGGAGCCCUAUUCUCCUUCUAAAAGAUCAGCUGAAGAUCGCCCGGUUUACAAGAAACAUAAAAAGAGGAAAGCUUAUAUUCACCAAUCUGAACCACCUAGUAACCAAGCUAGUCUGGAAAAUGUAUUAGAGAGCUCAAUUUCGAAGUCUAUUGGAAAUUUGUAUCCCGCAGCUGGUGAUAGUAGUGACGAUGAGGGGUUGAUAGAUAUUGAAAAGCUAGUUUCAACGUCUCCCCAACCAACAAGCAAAUCUGAAGAUGAUCCUGUAUCCAUUGAAACCUUCAAUGAAACAAGUGAUGAAGAGAAUAAUAGUGACAAAGUCAAGUCAAGCGCGGAAUCUGAAAAGGAGGACAACAAUGCAUCUAUUCUACAACUGUUAUCGAAAAGAAGUCAGUCUAAUAUCGAUACGGUCAAAGAAAAAUAUAAAGAUAUGGAUAUACCUAGUUCAAUACUGUCAAGAAAGAAACUUAUAGAGCGGGCGGAAAAACACAUUGAUAUAAUCCCUAAGAUCCUUAGAGGGAAACUUCCGCCGUCAUUCUAUUACGAUCUAGCAAAGAAGCAGAGAGAUAAGUCAAUCCAUGAAACAAUGGGUGGUACUGAGAAAUUUCAAAUUAACUGGGAACUGUUUUAUGGAGGCUACUACGGACUAAAAAGACAAUCAAUAAUUGGAACUUUAAUCAGCAACCGAUUUCAACAAGAAUUGAAAAGAUCUGCAAAUACCAAUAGGACAGUUUCCUAUUGGACUAUACCUCGAUUUUGUACAUAUGUUCUCGCCAACGAAAUCUUAAUUCGUAUGGUUAUGGAAGACAUGAAGUGCGAUUUUGAGAAGGCAGAGGAAAUUAUAAGUGCAACUACUGAUUAUGGAAUAGUAGUUGCUGAUUCCAUGGAAGUUGAGUUUGACUUGGACGAUAGCGACGAGUCCUCUCUGGAUCAAGAAUCUGAAAUGAAAGAUUCACUUCUUGCACAAAUUCUUGGUUAGUGAAAAGUGUGUAUUUAUUUUAUAGAAUUGAUAGAUCGGCAAUAAAGUUUCUGUCCCCCCUCC